AAAGGCAGUGAAAUCUCCCUUUGUCGCUUUCGUGAAUAAAACAAACGUAAAAGUGGUUUCACACAGUGUUGAGGGUUUAACUACGACGCCCUGCCACAGCAGGUCGCUCGGGGCUGUGAGUCAAGCUUCCCCUCGCUCAUCAGAGGCGGACUCCAGUGGUGAGGGAAUGGGGAAGAAAGUACUGAGUCCUGACUCCUGCAGACACAGACCGUGAGGUAGAGGACCAUCCGGGCUCCUUCAGCGGAGUCCGGCUGCUCCGAGUCGCCGCAGGGGUCCAGCAGAGACGGAUCGCAACGCUGCAACACACUGCGUACAAGCAGAAACACAGACACGCCACAGCGCGGUUCACUUCACAUUCACAGUCCGUCAACCAACACCCGAGACGAGCGACGACAACCGUUAGCUCGGUCAGUUAGCUUCGGCUAGCUCACGAGUACCGCUCGCGUUUUCACACACUGCAGUUUAUCGUUUGGAGCAGAAAAGUCCAGCCUGGACGUUCAGAAACCCUCGAACCCCUUCUCGGAACCGAGCAGACGCUAACCGAGCGGCUUUAACGUUAGACGUUGUAGUUUUUAGAGACUUACGCUCGGACUUCGGCCAUUUCUGCUUUCAAAUCUCCGCCACGAUCAUCCGAUUGGACGCUUCGCGAUGACGUCGUAGCCCGUUCAGCCAAUCGUGGAUCUCCUUUUUGUUUUUAUCGGAAAUGCCGCAGAAGAACAUUAAAGAAAUGAAGAGCACGAGAGAAACGUGGGCACAAAAUGAAGUUAAACGUUGAAAUAAGAAAGAAACGACGCUGAAAGUCUCCGUGUUUAAAAGCUGCUUCAUUCAUGGACGGGUUGCCAGGUGAGUGUUGUAUCAGCAGCAAGAUGCCCAUCCCUCCCCCGCCUCCUCCUCCACCGGGGGGACCCCCGCCUCCCCCCACCUUCAGCCAGGCCAACACUACCCCUCCGAAGCUGAGCAGAGAGGAGGCCAAAGGUCGCGGCGCUCUGCUGUCGGACAUCUGUAACGGCACCAAGCUGAGGAAGGUGUCGGUGGUGAACGACCGCAGCGCUCCGCUGCUCGACAAGCCUAAAGGAGGCGGAGCCAGUGGGAGCGGCGCGGCAAGCCCAUCGGGUUCUGCUCCACCAAUCGGAGGCCUGUUCACGGGCGGAGUUCCCAAGCUGAGGCCAGUCGGAGACGGCUCCUCUGGUCGUUCUCCCUCCGCCCGAGCCGCGGCACCCCGUCCCCCCAGUCAUCGCCACGACGGCUCCGAGAGCCCCUCCCCUCAAGCGUCGUCGCCAUUGGAGACGUGUCGCUCCCAGCGUCCUUCACUCCCCAACCUGUCCUCCUCUCCCUCCCCCUCCUCCCCCUCCUCUGCCGCCUCCUCCCCCUCCGCUGGCAUGAAGCACUCCUCCUCCGCCCCGCCUCCCCCUCCUCCCCUCUGUCGCCGUGGUAACGCCCCCUCCCCUCCAUCCUCCUCCACCUCUUACAACAGAGAGAAGCCCCUCCCCCCAACCCCGAACAACACCCCGCCCCUCCCCUCCAAACCUCCCCCAUCUCCUAGCAACAGCAGACGCCCUCCCACCUCAGGAGGUAACCCUGCCUCUUCCACCGCCUCCUCCUCUCUGGCCCCCCCCCCUCCUCCUUACCGCAUUACCAACGGUCCGACAGGUGGCGGCGGGGAGUCGGCGCCCGAGCUGCCGCAGCGUCACAACUCCCUCAGCAACAAGCGGACCGCCCCCUCGCCUGGAGGCCACACCCCCACCAGAGGCCCCGCCCCACCUCCUCCCCCCGCCUCUCCCACCCCCUCCCAGCAGGGCGCCAACAGGCCGCCGCCUCCCGUCAGAGAGCCGCCAGGUAGAGGAGCAGCUCCUCCUGUUCCGGUGCAGUCAUCGUCCUCGAGGGCGGGCGGCAGAGAAGCCCCACCUCCUCCUCCUUACAGGACACAUGGUAGCCCCUCCCUCUCCUCUGACCCCCCCACCAGAGGGAAACCUCCUCCCCCGCCCACCCGCACCCCUGCUGCUCCUCCCCCGCCUCCCCCUCCUCUCCGCAACGGACACUCCUCCUCCUCCUCCUCCUCCAUCCCUCGCUCCUUCGUCGAUGACUUUGAGUCCAAGUAUUCGUUUCAUCCUCUGGACGAUUUCCCUCCUCCAGACGAGUACAGACACUUCACCAAGAUCUACCCCAGCAAGGCCAACAGAGUGAUGAGAGGAGCUCCUCCGCUGCCUCCUGUCGGGAGGUGAACCACGAAAACUACGUCACAGCUGGACCACGCACGCACACAGAUCAACACAACAUGCAUCCUCCAUCCUGUUUGAAGACAUCUGCAGCGUCCAGCUUCAUCACCCUCGACUCCGCCAUCACCGCCUCAUCUACGCUUACAGCCGAUUGGCCGACGGCCGGUCCGACAGAGAGACAAACCGACCGAUCCCGUGUCUGCAGGAGAUGUGAACGAGGAGGAAACGGGAUUUUAAAUCUGACGUGAAACGAGGAGACGUGGAAGUUCAAAUCCUGACAGGGGAGCUGCCGGCUCAGCUGCUGCUUCUCUGGACCGCGUGACCCUGCAGUUUUUAGUUUUUAGUUUUGCACCUGCACUUUUUUUUGUUUGCAAGACCAAGAAGCAGCUCAUCAUCUGUCUGAACGUCUGAGGAGGUUAAUGCAGAGUCUCACACACGAAGGGGGACGGUUUGUGGCGCUAAGAGAUGCUGCGGGGACCUUUGGUGGUACGAUCCUUUUGGAUUUUGUGGAUUCGGGCUCCGGGUGGAGGUGUUCUUACCGAAGGAUUGGCCGUGUGACGGACGGACGUCAGUGAAAAUGAGUGUCCCGAUGUCCGUCACAUACGUGAUUUAAUUAAACUGAACCGUAACAAACGGGAAACGAGGCAGUGUGUCGUGGAGUAGGUCUGGAUCGUGAACAUCACUAGACAUUUUGGGAAGUUGUCCCGCUGCUAGAUGAGAAGAUUGAUGUCACUCUCAUGUCUUGUUGCCGGGCAGAAGUGGUAGGUGGAUGAAUCAGCCGGUGUCUACAUGCACUUAAAAAAUCGGGUUACUCAGAGAAAGCAGAGCCUGGAAUAUGGAGCAGGAUUCGUGGUUCUGGUAGUAACCUCAGGUUUAUGUUUGACAUGACAGAUGUAAAAGUGUGUAAAAGCUCCGCCUACUGAAGGGGGCCUCCCCAGUCCUAGAAGAGCCCUCGGAGUCUCUCUGAGGACGAAACCCCUUUUGCUUUGCCUGAUGAUUCGAUUUGAGAUGAGCGACCCUCGUUACUGCAGAGGACCAGCUCCUUCCCGUGUAGGAGCUGGUCCCCUCCUCUCUUCUUCAUCUCGUUUUUUUCCUGUCAUUGUGAUUUCGUCUACCGGUCUCAUCCUACAACAGAUCGGACACCUGCCUGUGAGAAGUGGAAGUCGGUCCACUUACUGCUUUGAAUCUUGUUUUUAUGGUUUUUAUUCGACACCAUCGAGGCUGCAGCUGAAACAACGAGGCUGAAACUGUCUCACGCAUCCGAGCAACCCCUUAAUUGAACGGAACACACACAUGAAACGACAGUCAGGUCUCGGCGUUUGCUGAUGAUGGCGGUGAUAUUAGGAGCCUGUUCACAAAUGUUCCGGUUUGCUCUUCGCCUGCUGCCAGUAGACGUGUCCGCGUCGCCUCGGGAAGACCUGGCUCGACCCCCCCCCCCGGCUCAGCGCGAUUGCGGUUGUCAGGUUUGGUGAAGCCAGAUUACGAAACGCGUCCUGGGUCGGUUGAACCGGCUUCGUGGUUCAGGCCUCUGGUUACGCCGGUAAUCAGUCGACGAGUUUACCUGUAGCGAAGUAACUGUAACUGUUGAACUUCCAUGACUCUCGAUACCAAAUGUGAUAACACAGCAAGAGGUAGAGAACAGCCCCACACACACACACACACACACACACGCUUCCAUGUAGUCAGUGUGUAAGCAGUAGAUCACAUGACUAACACGGCGACGCAGUUCAGACGUCGGGAUCUGAACCGUUUGACGGCGUCUUGUCAGCAGAAAGUCAACUGCUGAGCUGCGAUCAGGUCCGCACGCCUGUCUCUGAGCGCGAGGUCUGUCCUCCUGUCCUUUGAAAAGGUCUGGGACACUUCGCAUCCUGGCUUCGGCUCGUCCCCGUUGAUCGGCUCUUCCCGACAAGCGGCGAGCGAGCGAACUCUAGCGGACGGAUCGAGGGACGAGAGGUUUGUUCGCGCCGCCGUGAUUUCUGCCCCUGAAAACGAGCGGGUUUCGAUCAUUUCCUCGGCUCGAAGGUUUAUUUUUUCUGAUUUGUACAGGUUGUGUUUUAUGUAGACUCAUUGUGAGCGAUGUUGGUGUUGACCGAAACAAUCUGGCGACACCCGACUUAACCUCUGACGCUGUGCGGUGGAAACACGCCGCCAGCACAUCUUAAGCCCCUCCUUUAUGCUAAGCUAGGCUAGGCUAAGCUAAGCUAGCCACAUCCUGACUCCAGCUCUGUACCGAGCUCUAAGACAUGAGACCGAUCCAUCUGAAUAUCUAGCACGAGAACAACAUUCCAAAAUGUUGAACUAUUCCUUUAAUGUUCAUAAUUCAGAGGUCCUGAUAAACCAUGAAGACAAACUCACACUGACCUCAGCAACCUGGCCUUCAGCAGGCUGGAUCUGGAUCUGGAGCUGGAUCUGGAGCUGGAUCUGGAGCUGGAUCUGGACCUGGAUCUGGAGCUGGAGCUGGAGCUGGACCUGGACUUGGACCUGGACUUGGACCUGGAUCGGACGGGUCCAGAUUAACAGUAAACUGAGUUGAAAUCGGUUCUUUUGACGUCCUCCUUCGCUGUGAAACUGCGAACCAACGGGAAGGAUUUACACUCAGACCAGAUGAAAACACCUGUAAACGCAUCAACUCCCCUGCGUCGUCAUCAUCUGACGCACCUGUCACGGUGAUGUCAGCGACGCGACCGGCUUUAUUUUGCCGGGACGCGACCUGAUUCGACCUCCAGCACGGACAGAGAUCAGUUUCUUACGAGGUCGAGUCUCUAAGUGCCAAGACGGACCGAAGUGAGCCAGGGAAACUCGCCUGGACUCACCUGGACUCCUUCCCUCCUUCUGUAACUAAACACUAACCUUGUUGCACGUUGUCUUUCUCUGAGUUUUCGCAGCAUGGCGGCGACGCUUCGCCUUCCUACAAGCAGUGUUAAACAGUUACAAAAGACUCGCAGCAAACCGAUGAGUUGGCUCCAGCAGGUUCGGUUCGACCCGACAGAGCGAUGGGACGACGAGGUUUACCGACGAGGUCGUUAUAAUCCGGUGAAAUAUGUCGCUCAGUUAUGACGAGGAAAAAAGGAUUCAUAUAAUGAGUCGGAAUAAUCAGAAUUUUACAGAUAAAGUUUCCGAAUUUCGAGAGCAAAUUGUAAUUUUAAGGGAAAAAGUUGUAAUAUUUAGAGAAUAAAGUCAUUAGAGCUGCAACUAACGAUUAUUUUCAAUAUCAGCUCAUCUGCUGAUUAUCUUCUUUCUAAAACUUCAGAAAACUGUUAAAAAUACCGAUGAGAAUUUCCAAAAGUCCAACAUUACGUGUUCAGAGAUCUUAGAAGAAGAAAAGCAGAAAGUUUUCACAUCCAAGAAGCUGGAACCUUCAACUACUUGGAAUCUUUGCUUGAAAAUCGACUUAAAGGAUUCGUUCAUUAUCACAAUAGGUGCUGAUUCAUUUUCUUUGAGUCGUUCAGCGUCGCAGCUCUCAAAUUCACGCUUCCAGUAAAAGGUCAUUUUUUGGGCAAAAAGUCAAAUUAUGAGAGUAAAUGUAGAGAGAACAAGAUGCAACGAGGAAAAGUCACAGUAUUAGAAGUAUAGCUGUAAUGUUAAGGGAUGUCAUUUUAGAAGAAAAUGUGAUAAUAAGAUAAAGUUUGUGUUACUAAAGAAAAGCUGCAGUGUCAUAAAAAAUGAAUUGUGCCAUAAAUUGUAUAAAGGUCACUAUUAUGAAAAUGUAAAAAUGAGAAUGUUAUAAAAAUAAAGUCGUAAUGUUACGAGUAAAACUCA